AAGGUGAGUGGGUGUGCGGCGCGCAGAUUUCUUGGUAGGGGAAUUAGUGAUUACCAACGUUAACUGCGUUACAUUGUUUUGCUUUUCGCUCAUCGCUGGGCACUGCCGUCGCGGUGGUUGUCACUUCCUUCCAAUCGAUACCUGAGAUACUAUAUUUUGUACUGCGUGUGGCAGGCAGCUGCGGCCGCGUCUGGUGACGGGCCGCCCGCCGCCCCGGGCUGUCCGGCCGCGCCGCCCCGCGCCGCCCCGCGCCGCCAGCCAUGGCCGACGCCCAGGAUGACGUCGCCAAAACCGGCUACCUCAAAGUCCGCAGGAAGGAUGAGAAGAAAUUCAAGAAGCGGUGGGCUGUGCUGCGGCAGGACACUGCAUCAAUGGACAUAUAUGAAUCUGACAAGAAGUGGAAGACUGGAGAUAAGUGUAAAAUGUCCAUCCCGCUGCCACCCUGCUUCAGCGUCAGCACCAAGGUGGAGCCCAAGUGCAAGUACGCCAUCGGCCUGAUGGGCGUCACCAGCUACAGCCUGGGCCUGGAGACGGAGGAGGAGCAGACCGACUGGCUGUUGAAGCUGCGCUGGGUCCAUCAGGGCGGCCGCCACCCGGACGACGAGCAGACGCGCACCCAGUACGAGCGGAUGUGGGACGUGACGAUCACGGACCGCGGCCUGGGCAGCACCAAGAAGAUCAAUGGACAGUACUGCGUGGGGCUCACCGCGGACGGCAUCCAGCUCAUCAACAAGGACAACCCCAAGCAGACGUACGACCUGCCGUUCACGACGAUCCGCGGCUGUCGUCAUGUUGACUGCUUCUUCUGGAUGGAGGUGGGCCGCACCUCCUGCUUUGGCGCCGGCGAGAUCAACAUGCAGCUCGAGGAGCGCAUCUAUGCUCAAAACAUGCACGAAGUUAUGAAGGCCAAGUUUAACUCCCGCAGCAGCGAGUCGGAGAGCCAGACGGGCGAGUCGCGGCCGCGGGCGCCCUCCGCCUCCGAGCCGUCCCGGCCCAUCUCCGUCAAAGGUCGACGAAACACCUACUCAUCCAACAACUCGUCCCAGACGUCGGUCAACACCAUCUCGCUGUCGACGACGCCCGGCCGGGACCGGUCCGGCUCGGUGCCCAACCGACCGCGUACCACCAGCGAGGGUAACAGCGACCGGCACCACGGCCCACAGCAGGGGCAUCACACGCGCGCCCGGGCCGCCACUGACGCCCGGACGCACGCCAUCCACUCGCGCAGCUCGAGCAUGACGGCCGGCUCACCGCCGCUGCUUGGCAGUCCCUUCAGCCCGGCCUCCGUGGAGAGCAACUCGUCCUACAGCAUGGACGAGCAGCCCCCCAUGUGCCACCCCAUCACGCCGGACAGCAUCAUCGUGGAGGAGACGGGCGAUUACCUGCCAGUGAACCCGUCGCGGGCGUUCGGGCACGACCUGGCGGACGGGCCGGGCCGGCGGCGCGUGCUGCCGCCGCUGUCGCUGGCGCUGGGCGCGCCGGCCGCCGCCGCCGCCGAGUCGCCUUACCUGCCGAUGAACGUGUCGCCGAGCGCCGGCGCCGCCCGCCACGGCACGCCGGCCGGCGCCGACGCCGCCUACCUGCCCAUGUUCUACUCGGGCGGCGCCGACACGCCCGACAACUGCGUCAUCAGUCCCACGCCGAGCCAGGGCCACCUAGGCCACCACAGCCGCGACUCCAGCCUCACCGAGGACAGCUAUGUGCCGAUGCUGCGUGUGGCGGCCGACAUCGGCGCCGACGACGCCAGCUACAUGUCCAUGAAGCCCGGCCUGCCGCCUCUCUCGGACGACAUCAGCCACAGUCGCAGCUCCAGCGCGGCGGACCAAGACGGCUACGUGCCGAUGGUGCCCGGUCAGCUGUCGUUCACCGUCGACGCCGCCAGCCCCUACAUGGACGUGCAGCCGGGCAAGCGGGCCAGCAAGAUAUCAGACGACUCGUACGCCGAGGUGUCGCCGGCCUCCAGCUGCACGUGCAUCGUUUGGUGGUCGGACACGGAGAGCAUGCGGACGCGCGCCUCGUCGCUGGGCAGCCGGCUGAGUCACGCGCUGAUGCCGCGCCGUCGUGACCGCUCCGAGAGCGACUCCACCUCGACCGAGCGGCCCUCCACCGGCGAGCCGGGCGGCGCCGGCAGCUCGGCGCACCCGUGCGGCUCGCCCAGCCUCAGCUCGUCGCUGGACUCGACGGUGACGUCGCUGAAGGACUAUUACCGCCGGCGCAGGAAGGGCUCCGAGCUGCGCGAGGAGGCCGGCAGCCCCGCCGCCGAGUCCAAGGGCAGCCAGGACAGCCUGCGUCACCGGCCGCGCAGCAACUCACAGAGCAGCCAGGGCAGCGACAAGGCGCACAGCGGCUGGCGGCUGCUGUUCAAGCGGCGCGACAAGAAGAACGGCUCGGCGCCGGUGGACGUUCCGCUGGCCAGCCCGUCCGGCGACUACCUCACCAUGGACAUGUCGGCGCGCCGCACGUCCACCGCCGGCACGGCCGACUACGUCAACAUGGACCGUGAGCUGGCGCACCGGCCGGCCGGCAGCCGCCGCGACCCGGACACCUACUGCGUGGUGGAGGUGCCGGCGCGGCCCGUCUCGGCCCUGCUCAGCGUGCAGACGGAGCCGGACGUGGCCGGCCGCCGCAAGUCGGACACGACACCGCUCGACGAGCGCCGCCGCCAGGGUCCCGGCAAGGUGCAGCGCAAGAACUCGGCCGGCGGCGGCGGCGGUCUGCUUCGAAAGCUGGACGCCAUGAAUCCGCGCACCAUGUUCCGCUCACUGAGUCAGCGCGGCAAGAAGGAGCACAAGCGGUUGUCGCCGAGCUCCUCGCAGGAGACGCCGCCGCCGCCGCCGCCGCCGUCGUCGCUCGACCGCUCGCCCUCCUGGCUCGGCUCGUCCCAGUCGCUCUCCUCGUCCAACAGCAUUCAGGAGGAGCGGCCGCAAACGGGCGUCGGCUCCCAGUCGCUCACCACGCUGCCGACCGAGGAGCAGGAGCUGGUGUACGCUUCGCUUGACCUGGCCGAGAACGACGCCGCCGGCUGUCAGCCGCUCGCCGGCGCCCACAAACUCACCUACGCCAAAAUCGACUUCAACAAGAGCGAGACGCACAAGUGCAAGCGCGAUGGCUGA